AUGCUUGCUCAACGCAACACAUUCUUCCUCGCCCUGGCCUUUGCUUCGUCGACUCUGCUUUUUAGUGUGCAAGCUCUCGCGCUCCCAUUGAGCAGUCAAGCGGAAGGGAUCCAUUCAACAUAUCUCAAGCGAAAUGCCAAUGCAACGAUCAUCACUAUGGCAGACCCUAAGCUGGCCGCCACAACCGGUACCCCUCUUGUCCAACGGGACAUUCCUCCUCAGGCAGUGAAGUUGAUGGAGACCGCCAUCAAAUUCAUCAAACGGGACUCCCUCGAACAGCGUGACAUUCCUCCUCAGGCAGUGAAAGUGUUCGAGACCGUCGGCAAAUUAAUCAAGCGGGACACCCUCGAACAGCGUGACAUUCCUCCUCCGGCAAUGAAGUUGAUCGAGACCGCCGUCAAAUUCAUCAAGCGGGACACCCUCGAACAACGCGACAUCCCCGCUCCAUUGAUGAAAACUGUUGAUCAAGUUGACGUAAGAAUCCCUUGA